AUGCUUCUCAUAAUAUUGCAUCUGAUAUCAAUAAUAAAUGAACAUUGUUUAAUUUACAAUAUUGCUGAUCGUAGAUAUACAGAUUUCUAAAUUUUUGGAAUGAGUGAUUAACUUCAGAUAGGCGAGGCUCAUAACCUAAAAACUUGUUUAUUGGGCCUUAUGAAUUUUAAACUAAAGUAACAAAUACGUUCACAAAUGUUUCCCCUAAGAAUUUAAUUGGAUUAUAGGUUGGUGUUUUGA